AUGGCUGCAAGCUACACGCGCACAUCCUUCGCCCCAACCGACACAACCUCGACCGUCGGCAGCAUGGUCUCUCAGUCGCCCGCCGUCAGCGCCGGCCACUCGGAUGCUGGAUCUGGCAGCGGAACCCCAAACUCGUCCCCUCCCGCCUCGCGGCCUCGCAGCCCCGACCUGAAGCACGAAACCGCGUCCAAUGCCUCUGAUCUCGAGCCCCUCGAGCCGCUCGAGGUUAAGAACGUCUGCUUCGUCGGUGCUGGUUUUGUUGGUGGCCCAACUGCCGCUCUCAUCGCGUUGCACAACCCCGACCUCACCGUCAACGUCGUCGACCUCAACGCCGAGCGCAUCGCUGCGUGGAACUCGCCCCAUCUGCCCAUCCACGAAGCCGGUCUGCCCAAGAUUGUGCGCAUCGCCCGUGACGGCACCAACGAGACGACGGCCUUCCUCCCGUCGGCCGGCAAGGCGGUGAAGCUCGCCCCUCGCAAGCCGAAUCUCACCUUCACCACGGACGUCCAGCGCUGCAUCGGCGAGGCCGACAUCGUCCUCAUCUGCGUCAACACCCCGACCAAGACGUACGGUCUCGGCGCCGGCUACACAGCUGACCUGAGUGCCCUCGAGGGCGCCUCCGAGACGGUGGCCAAGUACGCCAAGAAUGGCGCAGUCAUUGUCGAGAAGAGCACCGUCCCAACGGGCACCGCCCGCAUGAUUCGCGAGAUUAUGGCCCAGUACCAGCCCGACGCCGAGUUCGAGAUCGUGUCCAACCCCGAGUUCCUCGCCGAGGGCACCGCCGUGCGCGAUCUCAUGCACCCCGACCGUAUCCUGAUCGGCAGCUCGACUACUCGGGCCGGUAUCCGUGCCGCCAAUGCUCUCAAGAGCGUGUACGCCGCCUGGGUACCCGAGCCCAAGAUCCUGACCGUCAACACGUGGUCGAGCGAGCUCACGAAGCUGGUGGCCAACGCCAUGCUCGCCCAGCGCAUCAGCAGCAUCAACAGCAUCAGCGCCCUCUGCGAGGAGCUGGGCGCCGACGUCCAGGAGAUCAGCCAGGGCAUCGGCGCCGACAGCCGCCUGGGCAAGAAGUUCCUCCACGCCGGCGUCGGCUUUGGCGGUUCAUGCUUCGAGAAGGACAUCCUCAACCUCGCCUACAUGGCGCGGACCCUCCACCUCGACACCGUCGCCGACUACUGGAUGGGCGUCCUCGACAUCAACAAGUACCAGCGCGAGCGCUUCGCCCAGAAGGUCCACCGCGCGCUCAACGGCAACCUGCGCCGCAAGAAGGUGGCCAUCCUCGGCUUCGCCUUCAAGGAGAACACCAACGACACGCGCAACAGCAUCGCCGUCCACAUCAUCACGGAGCUGGCCCACGAGAUGCCCAACGAGAUUGCCAUCUUCGACCCCGGCUGCGACCCCGUAGAGGUCAUGAACGAGGUCCGCCAGUCCAUCCCCGACGAGCGCAUCGUCGAGCGCGUCAAGGUUCACACGAACUGGCGUGACACUGUCCAAGGAUCGAGCGCCAUCUGCAUCCUUACCCCUUGGUACCACUUCCGCUACCCCAAGCAGGCUCAGACGACGGCUCGCCGCUCGUCCGUCUGGAGCAGCCCCGAGGCGUCUCGGGAAGAGGCCAACGCCUUCAUCAAGGAGUCGUUGUCCGAGAUGGACAUUGUCGAGCUCGAGAAGUUCGUCUCCCGCACCAGCGCCCACACGCCGACGGACCCCCUGAAGCGCAUGAAGCCGGAAGCCGAGUGCCAGGAGGGCUGCAACGGCUGCAACUUCGACGCCGCCAACGAGGAUUUGGGCGACCCCGUCGACUGGGAGUGGGCUGCGUCCGUCAUGAAGCGUCCUCGACUUGUCCUCGACGGACGCAACGUCGUCUCCGUGCCCGAACUUGAGAAGCUUGGCUUCCAAGUACAAGGCAUCGGCAAGGGGUUGGUCAUUUGA